AUGUGGAAAAGAUUUUCCUAAAUUAGCAAAACUUCGUAUACAUCUAAAACGAAAAAAUCCAUGUAAACUUAAUAUUCCAAAUUCUAUUACAAUACUAUUACAACAAAAUUUAGCUACAGAUCAAAUUCCAACCCAAACCUAUAUUCCAGUAGGUAAUUUAAUCCAAUUGAAUAACACACCUUCUUCACCUAUUCAAAAAUGGUUAGAUAAUAUGGAAGAUAAAUAUAAUACAAAUACUGAUGAAAAAUGGACCGAAUUAGCUGGAACCUUGCUCUAUGACUAUUUAAAAAGAAAUAUUAUAAAGAUAAAAGGUAAUUUUGGUGGUAAACCAGUAAGAAAAAACUAUAGACUAACGAACAAAGAGUUAAUAUUCGAAGAAUGCGAAUCUAAUUUAGAUCCUUUAAGACCCCAUCAGAACUUAACAGCAAUGGGUUUAUGGCAAGCAAUUAUUUUAUCUCCUGAAAAUAUAAAAUAUAGAUUUAAUUGUUAUGUUGAGAACCCCAAUAAAUAUUUAGAGGUUCCAUAUAUGCCUCAACUUAUAGCAAAUGCAAGAGAGCAAAUUACAAGGGUACUUAAAGUCGAAUUGCGGAAAAAAGAUCAAAUAAAAACUGCAUUAGUUGCUCAAUAUAUAUAUCAUGGGCAUAUUAGCAAAGGAAAAGACAAAUCUAAAAUUUCAACAUAUAUGAUUGGUUAUCAUAGAAGCCUUAUGCGUGUUAUUCUUACAAAAGAAGAUAUCAAUGAACAUAUAAAUUUAUUCAUAUCAGAAAUAGAUAACGAAAUAGACUCAUUUAUAAAAUCAGAAUCAGGAUAG